CCCCGGGCCGGGAAGAUGGCGGUCCUUGAGUCGCCCUUGGCUACUGCGUGCUGCCUGCUGCGGGCUCUGGGGCGCCGCGCCCGCCUGCUCCCGCUGCACAGAGCCUACACAGCUCAGGCAGAUGAGAAGACAGGCCCUGGUACUCCUACAGAUGCUCACGCCAGAGCCUUACUGGUUUGUAAUGGACCUUUAGAACAUUAUGACUUUCUGAUUAAGCAGGAAGAGCUGAAGAAUGAUGAGCAACAAAGAAGAGUUGUGCAGCACCUGCAGAAAUUGCAUGAGAGCCUUAAAGGCUACAGCAUAGAUUCAAAAAAUAUCCUUUCAAAGCUCUUUGCCAAAGCCAAACCCCCAAAAGGUCUUUAUGUCUAUGGAGAUGUUGGCACAGGAAAGACAAUGGUGAUGGACAUGUUCUAUUCUCACUUAGAAGUAGAAAGGAAAAAGAGAGUCCAUUUUCAUGGCUUCAUGUUGGAUGUACACCAGAGAAUACAUCGCCUUAAGCAGAACUUGCCAAAGAGAAAAGCAGGAUUUAUGGCCAAAUCAUAUGACCCAAUAGCACCAGUGGCAGAGGAAAUAAGCAAAGAGGCUGCUCUCCUGUGUUUUGAUGAGUUUCAGGUCACUGACAUUGCUGAUGCCAUGAUUCUGAAGCAGCUUUUUGAAAAUCUCUUCCAAAAUGGGGUUGUCGUUGUGGCAACAUCUAACAGGCCGCCAGAAGAUCUCUAUAAAAAUGGUCUUCAGAGGGCUAAUUUUGUACCAUUCAUUGCUGUGCUGAAGAAAUACUGCAGCACAGUCCAGCUUGAUUCUGGAAUAGACUACAGGAAACGAGUGCUUCCAGCUGCUGGAAAACUUUACUACCUCACAAGUGAAGCUGAUGUGGAGGCUGUCAUGGAUAAGUUGUUUGAUGAGCUGGCUCAGAAACAAAAUGAUUUAACUAGACCAAGGAUUCUAAAAGUGCAAGGCAGAGAGCUGAGGCUGAAUAAAGCGUGUGGAACCAUUGCAGACUUCACGUUUGAAGAGCUGUGUGACAGACCUCUUGGAGCCAGCGACUAUUUGGAAAUAUCAAAGCAUUUUGACACAGUGUUUGUUCGUGACAUACCACUUCUUACAAUAGCAAAAAGGACACAAACUCGUCGUUUCAUUACUCUUAUUGAUACCUUUUAUGAGCAUAAGGUGCGUAUUAUCUGUUCUGCGGCAGCUCCUCUCCAAAGCUUGUUCCUGGUGGAACUUGACAGUGGUGAACUGCAGGACAGCAGAGUGUUGAUGGAUGAUUUGGACUUGAGCCAGGUCUGUGGGACUGUUUUUGUGUCUUGAUUAGGAUUCUGCCAAAGGACUCUCCAUGUUUACAGGAGAAGAGGAAAUCUUUGCCUUUCAGCGUACUCACUCACGGCUCACAGAAAUGCAAACUGAACAGUACUGGAAUGAUGGGGACAGAAGCAAAAGAACAUAAUUAAAAGUUGAAUGAAAUCACCAAGAAGUAAAAUUACAGCA